AUGAUCGCGACGAUUGUCGUUGUGUUUGUGCUAACUAUACUCGGCUAUAUCAUCAACACGACGAGCAAGCCGAAAAAUUUUCCACCAGGGACAUGGAACGGACAUAUUUACACGUAUAAGACUUCUGGUCCCAUAUGGUACCCAUUCUUUGGAUCCAGCGCUGUAGUACAAAAGGCGACGAUACAAAACGGCUCCCAGUGGAAAGCCUUUUCCCAGCUAGCCAAAAAGUAUUCCACACAAGUGUUGGGACUGAAGCUUGGGUCGGAAUUAGUGGUUGUGGUAUUCGGCGAGAAGAACGUAAGGCAGAUAUUCACGGAGAAGGAAUUCGAGGGGCGGCCGAAUAGUUUUUUCAUAAGAUUACGAUGUCUAGGGAGACGACUGGGUAUAACGUUUGUGGACGGGCCAAUUUGGAGAGAGCAUCGCCAAUUCACGGUGAAACACUUGAAAAAUGUCGGGUUCGGCAAAACAGCGAUGGAAUCGGAGAUUCAGAACGAAUUGGCAAAUGUCCUUCAGUAUAUUGAUAAGAAUAAAUCGACGGCCAUCAAUCCUAAGUUGAUUCUCGCGAUGUCCGUUAUGAAUAUUCUAUGGAAAUUCACAGCCGGUGAAAGGAUAAAAGAGGAGCGUUUGAAGUACAUAAUAGAUCUUUUCGCGAAGAGGUCGAAAGCGUUCUCGAUAGCAGGAGGCUGGUUGAACCAAUGGCCGUUGAUUAGAUUCAUCAUGCCGGACUUGAGUGGGUAUAACCUUAUCAAAAAUUUAAACAUACAAAUAUCAGACAUCAUCGAGGAAGCUGUCUUAAAACACAAGAACGGAACGAUUGAAGGGAGCGAUUUUAUUUAUAAAUUCCUAGAAGAAAUGAAAGAGAAUAAAAGUUCAGGAUAUUUUCACGAGGCACAAUUAAAGAGUAUUUGCCUGGACAUCUUGAUUGCGGGAUCCCAGACGACCAGCAACGUUGUGGAGUUCGCCAUAUUGUGUCUCGUACGACACCCAGCGUUACAAGAGAAGGUCUUCGAAGAGAUUCAACGGGUGAUUGGUGAAAAUACACCCAACUGGACGGACAGUAAUAGGUUGACAUACACCAUAGCGUUCCUUCAAGAAGUCCAGAGGUUUUACACGAUAGUCCCACUGGCCGGACCGAGACGAGUGCUAGAGGAGACAACGGUAGAAGAUUACGUGAUACCAAAAAAUACCACUGUGUUAAUUGGGGUGGGCGAUAUACACUUCGAUCCACAAUUCUGGGAUGAGCCGAAUAAAUUCAAGCCCGAAAGGUUUUUAGAUUCGAACGGAAACCUGGUCAGUACGGAGCAUUUCUAUCCAUUCGGAAUGGGUCGAAGACGCUGUCCAGGCGACUCGUUAGCGAAAUCGUUCAUUUUCAUCGUGUUUGUUGGAAUUGUCCAGAAAUACAGGGUACAGUGCGGAAAUGGUGUUCUGCCACCCGAAAAACCGGUCAUAGGUUUAAUAUCUGGGGCCCAACCGUUCACAGCCGAAUUUAUUCAGCGAUCGUGA